GUGAGCUACACCCGACACCAUUCUCUUGACCUAGAAACCACCCGUCGAAUAUAUCACCCGUCAUCAUCUCGACUUGCGGGCAAUCAGCUGCACAUAUACGGUGCAUCGCGCUCGCCCAAAGGUGCUACAUCCUACGCAUUCGCUGUCCUGCUCGAGUCAAUGACAACGCCCGGACUCCGUGAUAACAAAACCUCAUCCGAUUCACUACCCGCCAAAGCUCCGAACAUGGCCACAGUAACUUCUACCCAGACCGAGGCGACCCCCGCCAUGUCGCCGUCCACUCCCGAUAUUCGUCCAAUCCGCCGGGCCGUAACCGUCGACGAAGGGUCCCAGCAAGCCCAACUUCGCCGCCGCACCAUCAACCCUCAGUCCACCCCAGAGACCCCGUUCGGACAAUUUAGGAGACGCAGCUCAACCUUCUCGGACUACAGUUUGGAUGCCGCAAGAAGGAAUCUUCAACAUGAGAUUCUAAACCCGGCCAGCUUCGCUUCCGAUGAGCAAGGACCUUCAGAAUCCUCCACGAUGCCUUUGGCAUUUGCGCUACUGCCAGCCGUCGCAGGCAUGUUUCACCACAAGGGAAGCGACUUCAUCACCGAUAUCAUCAUGAUUGUUCUCGCCGCUGUAUUUCUCCAUUGGUCCCUCACAGUACCUUGGAACAUGUACAAGUCUGCCCAACAAGUCCGCAUAGAAAACGAGCAAAUCGCCGAAUCAGCCCUCGACGAAGAUGGAGCAUCACCUACGGUAACACCUCUCCAAACACCAUCGGCCGAGGUCCAAGAACCACGUACACCGAUCGAAAGCAAGCACACCACAUCUUCAAGCGAGGAAGACGCUAGACUAAAUAUUCCGGAGAUACCUAUCGCCCAGCAACACAAACACCACAGUUCUCGCCACGCCCGCCGCGUUCAGAAAGCCCUUGGCGAGCUCUACACAAUCGAAUCGCUCGCCCUGGUACUGUGCUUUGUCUCUCCGUUGAUGAUGGCCUAUUUACUUCAGAUCAUGCGCAACCAGUUCAAGUCAGAGGGCGGGCUCGUCUCUGACUUUUCCUUGACGCUUUACAUCCUUGCAGCCGAAGUCCGGCCUUUCUCGCACCUCAUCAAGCUCAUUCAAGCGCGCACGCUACAUCUCCAGCGCAUCGUCCACAAAAACCCAUAUUCCGAGUCGGCCGUAGCUCCGACCAAGUUGCAGGAGAUUCUGGAGCGGCUUAACGAGCUGGAACAACGUGCUACGGGCUCAAAGCCAUCGAAUUCCGACAACAAUGGACAAAGCGACGGCUCGGAAGGAGGCCAGGAUCAGCAGAACCUGAACCCCAAAGUCCGCGACGGGAUGGUGCGUGAGGUUCGCAACACGAUUCAGCCGGAUUUGGACGCGCUCAACCGUGCAGUCAGACGCUAUGAGAAAAAGGCUACUGUUCUGGCUUACCAGACAGAGGCAAGGUUGGGCGCGCUAGAUGGCAGGCUGAACGAUGCCAUUGCGUUGGCGGCCGCUGCGGCCAAGGCUGGAGGCACUGGUGCCAGACCACACGGGAACAACAGCCGUGCAAAUGGUGCUACGGGCUCUAAUAUCGGGUUCAGUAUGCUCGGCAUGCUUGCAAAGGCGCUGGAUACCAUUGUCUGGGCGGCGGUUAUGCCCUUCCAGGCUUUGUUGGGUUUCGUUGUCUUGUUCCCGUUGAGGGCAGUGGCAGGCUUCCUGAAGGGUGUAACUGGGGGAAGCAGUAGGAGCCGGGUUGCCUCUGGUAAGGUUAGUGGCACCGGUAACUUGGGUGGCGCGAGGAAAGGGAUGAAUGGAAACGGAUUUGCGACUGGACCAGGGAAUUCCACAGGAUACCCUCCAUACGCUGGCGGUGGCGCUGAGUAUGGCUACUCAGCGAGUGGUAGGAGAACGACAUCGGGAAGUGGGAGCGGGGCGCGGUAUUCGAGGAGAUAAGCGAAGAUUGAUGACUGUAACGAAGGGAUGAGCAAAAAUUAUGUCGGGUGGUUGGUUCAAUAACCAUGGUAUGGCCCUUAUGACAUGAACGAUACCUACGC